UUACCUGGGUAAGGUCCAAGAUGGCCGCUCGCGUGCGAAAGUUCGUGUAAAGGUGGCAGGGACGGAGGGGGGGGCUCUCUUUGUCGCCUCCUUGAAAGCCACGCCCGAUCCACGUUCAGAGUAGAGCAAUGGCAGGGGCCCUCUCUUGGAGGGCUGGAAGGUGCCUGUGGGGCUCGGUGACAAUGGCUUGCAGAAACUUCUCCCUGGGUGUUCCAGGAUUAUCCCGUAUAAGGCUCACCCUGCCACCUCCCAAAGUGGUUGAUCGUUGGAACGAGAAGAGGGCAAUGUUCGGAGUAUAUGACAAUAUCGGGAUCCUAGGAGACUUUGAAAAACACCCCAAAGACCUGAUUACGGGCCCUGUGUGGCUUCGAGGCUGGAAGGGAAAUGAACUGCAGCGAUGUAUACGAAAGAAGAAAAUGGUUGGAAAUAGAAUGUUCAUUGAUGACUUGCACAACCUUAAAAAACGUAUCAGUUAUCUCUACAAACACUUUAAUCGUCGUGGGAAGUAUCGGUAGAAGAAUGUGGGAUCUGUGGAAGAGACGCAUCUGUCUCCCUGGAGAGGGGGACGAGACUUUCCCUAUGAGGAAAGGGCUUUGUAUGCUGACUAAUAAAAUGGAGUUUUGGACUCUAAUAUCUACACUUUA